AUGUUUACUGCUUAUCUUAUUUUAUGUCCUAUUAUUGCUGUUGUUUUAGUUGGUUUAAACUGAUUAUUAGCUACUAGUAACUCUUAUAUUGAAAAAGAUGGUCCUUUCGAAUGUGGUUUCACUUCUUUCCAACAAUCUAGAUCUGCCUUUAGUGUUGCUUUUAUUCUUGUCGCUAUCUUAUUCUUACCUUUUGAUUUAGAAAUUUCUUCUAUUCUUCCUUUUGUUAUUAGUCCUUAUUCUAAUGGUCUUUAUGGUUUAGUUAUUCUUGUUAUCUUCUUAAUCUUAUUAAUUGUUGCUUUUGUUGUUGAAAUUCAAUUAAAAGCUUUACAAUUAAAUCGUACUUAUACUAAUGAUUUACCUCAUACUGAAUUAUAUGAUAUUAAUAUUAAUGAUUAA